AUUUAUAUAUAUUUUGUCUACCAUAACAAGUGCACUAUAUAGCGUUUCAAAAUACAAGACUGAAAACAAAACUCUGCAAAGUAUGUUUUAUGCAUUUGAGACUUGAGAGGUUCAUCUGAAAAAUACUGCAGCGAAGCGAUGCGGAAGUUGCUCCAAAUGGCUCCAAAGUUGAAAACAUAAACAGAGUCAUCAACAGAAACUGUCGUUGUGUUAACUACUAUUGUUUGCUAGCUAUUACAUUUUCAAUAUAGCUCAUUAUUAAAGCAGCAUAACCAAAGAAUAUCCAUUCAUCUUUAAAGUUUGUCUUCAGAGAAGUCACGUUCGCUUCCCCAACAAGAAACUCGGUAUGAAAGUCCAUGGACCAUCCCCAACCUGCUGUGUGUAUGUUGAAUCACGCUGGCUCCGGUCCUGCGAGUCCUGAUCACUGAGCAACAUUUUCACCUCUCUCUGGGACUCUUCACUUUGGCUGGAUUUACUGAUGUGGUAUGCACGCCUGCCUGCGCACACACUUUCGUUGGUGAUUGUCAGAGACGUCGAUCUGAUUGCUGCUGUUUCCUACGUCAGAUACAAGACUGUCCCCCCUCCUGUGAACACAGCGAUCCAGCUCUUCCUGGUAGCAGCAUCGUUGGCCUCAUCCGUCUUUCACUUCAGACAGUCCGCUCCUGCAGACCCUACGGUAUAUCACACAGGUCACGACGACUGUGUCAGGCUACAGCUACUGUCACUACGGCAUGAAGACUCUUGCGGUGCUCAACAGCACUAAGUAAUCAUGGCAACUCAACAGCGCCAACUAAACUCCGCAACACCAAGUAACUGUUGCAACGUAACACGCUUGCUGCACCCACCGGUCUGCCAGUUGAACACACCCAUACUUGUGUAAAAACUCCAAAA